AUCGUCAAUACUUUCGCGUCAAAUAUUCAACAAUGCGAAAAGGCGCGUGAUUUAUUUUUAUCGAUAACUGAAAUAGCAUCAAAUCAAUCGGGAAGCUAUUCUCGCGUGCAUUUAUUGAGAAAAAAAGUAAAAUUGGCACAAUUUAAAAACAACAGACACUGACGCACUUCGUCGCUUAUCUAUCGAGCGCAUUUCUUAUCUACUCCAUUUGACGAUUACUUGACAAGUGUCAGCUUAAAAAGUGAUGCGCGAUAGAAUUACCGACGCUUACAGUGUGUCAGUGUCUCGUGUGCCAUCAAUCGUUUCGUGUCUGAUUCUGAAAAUAAAAAAAAAAUUAACAGAGAAAAGUUGAUUUUAAUGGAUUACGAUAAGUAGCAGACCAUAAAGUGCACUAAUAGAAGAUAAUUUAAGCGAUAACUCACCGAUAAGACAAAAAACAAAAGUUUUUAAUCAAUCAUGUGACAGAAGCUGAACAAACAAAACAUUUUUUUUAACAAAAAUUGUGCCUGAAAAGUGCGAAAAAUAACAAAAAAAGUAAAUAAUGAAAAAAUUGCAUCAUAAAAUUUAAAGAAAAAAUUAAAAAAAGGAUAAAACUCACCAAAAAGUGUCUUGAAAAUGUGUCGAUGUUGCAGAUUAUGUUGGGAAGAACUUUAUUGGAAUUGCAUCGAAGAGCGUUUCUGCUUCGAUGAGAACAUUGCGAAAUACGAUCCUGAGGAAGAUGAGCAUUAUAUCAAGAAGGAGUUGCAAAAUGGCUUCGUCAAUAAUGGCGUCGUUGGUUCUUCGCCAAUUCGUGAAGUUGUUCCCGUCGAAAAUUCCCUGCAAAAUAACAACGAUCCAAUUUGCGUGCAGCCAAAACUUACAAAAGCCGAGUUUGCUCGCGAAAUCCAAACAACAGUUCCUAUCUUGGCGCCCGAAGUCUUUGCUGCCUUCGCCAACUCUCAAAUAUUCCAACUUCAUGCCUCGUCAAAGAUGACAUCUCCUACAAGUCCUCCGGCGGGCAUUCACAAAGUUGCGAGUUCGAAUAGUAUGCGAAGUCGUGCCGAUUCGAAUGCGGAUGAAUUGCUCAAACGACUUGAAGAUCAACCAAAGCCCGUCAGCAUCGAAGUCAAUCGUCGCGCCAGCGAGUCGCCCGCCAUUUUGCGUCAUCAAAUCCCCAAAAUUGUCGAGGAAAAGCACCAAAGUGACGAUCAACUUUCGCAAUCUGUCACCGAUAACAGUCAAAAUACGCCCAUGUCGCCCAUCCAUUUGUCGCCGAUCGUGUCGCAAGAGAAUUAUGGCAGCAUGAAAAUCGUCAACAAGAAUCUUCAGCUCGAAGCUCCGUACUUUUCGUUCCGUCCCGCAAGCGAAAAUGAUAUUUUUGCCAUCACGCAACCCAAUUCCAACUCGAAUGCGAGUCGAAUUAGUCAAACGCCCGAAGUGCCAUCUGUGUCGUUUAACGCCUUACCCAAAAAUUAUCUCGAUACGCCAUCUAUCGGCGAGUAUCGCGAAUCGAAGAGUUUGUACGAGAUCCAAACGGCGGGAAUUGUGCAACAAGCGGGCGUCGAAAAAUUCUCCAUGCCUCGUUAUUACUCCAAAUCGCAUCUUUUUAAGAAGAAUCAACAACAAGGCCCAAGUACGAGUAGCAACGAGAGCAUGAAAAUGGGCGGAGAAGAUCAUCGCACGCCAAAACGCAUCGAGAAAAGUCGUCGCUUGAAAAAUCUUCGAAUGCAAUUGCCGCCUCUCAUGAUUGGUGUCGAAAAAUCCAAGGAGGGGUUGCCAGAUGUGGUUAAAUCGUCUCGCGAACGAGCAACAAGCGAAGAACGUGAAGGACUCUUGGCGAAAAAUAAGAAAAUUCAAAUGUUGAAAAGUUGUGAGGCGAGGAGAUUUUCAAAGCCGUGAAACUGAAUUCUUUAAAAAAAAUUAUAUGAAAAGCCAUUUUACUGAAAAUUAACUUUUUAGAUUAGAUUUUUAUCAAGUAGAGUUGCCAGUAUUAGAAAUUUUUAUUAUAUUUUAUUAUUUAGAAAAGGCAACAAAAAUAUUUUAAGACUUGUUAUGAAAAAAAAAGAAAAAAUAUUUUAAAUAAAA